AAGACCUCCUUUUCGAAGAUGGACGAAGCCUAAGAAGCCACUAGGAGAGACUAUUAGGCCCCAUACUAGGAUAGGAGGGAUUUUUGGCACAAAAAUAAGGAUUUUCGCCUUUUCGAGUCGAGACCGCCGUCUCGCCUUGCUCAAGUGGCAAGACCGCCGUCUCGCCUUGCUCAAGUGGCGAGACCGCCGUCUCGCCUUGCUCAAGUGGCGAGACCGCCGUCUCGUUUGGCGAGACCGCCGUCUUGCCACCUACGAAAGGCGAGACCACCGUCUCGUUUAG